AUGUCUCAUCCACAGCCUGAUCCGCAAGUACUGACCGUGAACGAAUUUGUAUCUCGCAGCUAUGACUUCCUCAUCGUGGGUGGCGGAACGGCUGGUCUCGUUGUCGCUGCCCGCUUGAGCGAACGGUCUGGUAUCUCUGUGGGCAUUAUUGAAGCUGGCCUGGCUUCGUGGGACACCCUUGCCAUCAAUGUGCCAGGUAGAUAUGGAGAGACCAUUGGGACCCAUCAAGACUGGCAAUAUGAGACUACCGCACAACCUGGUCUUGGAGGUAGAAAGCUCCCCUGGCCUCGAGGCAAAGUACUCGGUGGCACCAGUGCGCUGAACUUCAUGGCAUGGGUGAGACCGAAUGCUGAAGAUAUCGAUGCGUGGGGAGAGCUAGGCAAUAAAGGCUGGACUUGGGCAGAGCUGGAACCAUACUAUCGCAAAAGCGAACACUUCACCGAACCCAGCCCUGAGGACAGCAAGCAGCACAAACUCACGUUCGACAGGAAAGCGCUGGGUACUGAUGGCCCUCUGCCUGUGACCUAUUUGCGGGAGUACUCGGCCUCUCAUCAAUACUGGCACGACAGUCUCAACUCGCUUGGCAUCGAAACGAAUGAACAUCACUUCUCUGGCUCAAAUGUUGGUGUCUGGACUAACAUAGUGGCCGUCGAUGCUAAGAAUGUCUCGCGAGCGUACUCCGCCACGGCGUACUAUCUACCCAAUGCUGGAAGGAAGAAUUUGGCACUCCUAACGGGAGCAUCUGCACGUGAGAUUGUGCUGGAGCCGUCCGGCGAUCAUUUGGUUGCCAAAGGUGUACGCUUCCACCACAACGGGCAGGAGCAUGUUGUUCGAGCGUCGCGAGAGGUCAUCUUGUGUGGUGGAAGUGUUGCCUCUCCGCAGAUGCUCGAAUUAUCCGGCAUUGGAGAUCCAGCCAUUUUGGCCAAGGCGAACAUACCUGUCAAGGUGGCAAACCCGAACGUCGGCGCGAAUGUGCAAGAUCAUAUCAUGACUUCACACAUCUUCGAAGUCAACCCGUCCGUACAAGCACCGGAGGACUUACGUACAGAUCCCGUUCUUGCAGCUGCAGCUGAUGUACUCUACGGCGACUCUCAGAGCGGGCCACGCACCAUCGUACCGGGCUCUUACUGUUACCUGCCACUCUCUCACUUCGUCCCUGUCGAGGAAGUAAAGGCUCUCGGUAGUCGUAUUCAAAAUUCGGCACAAAAGCAUUGCAUUCGUUCUCGACGACUGACUGAAGCUCAGCGGCUCGGCUACAUUGAGUACAUCUUUGACAUCGGCAACUGGAGUCCUUUCUGGCCUGCUGAGAAAGGCAAGAAGUACGGCACACUUCUGCAGAUACUGCAGUACCCGUUCAGCCAUGGCUCGAUACAUAUCAAUCCGGAAGAUCCACACGGCAAGCCCAUAAUUGAUCCUGAAUACUACGGUGGGGAGCAUGGCCAACUUGACCUGGAGAUCCAUACCCUUUGCGCUGAAUUUGGCCAAAAGCUCGUGGCUACACCUCCGUUGUCACAACUCAUCGUGAAACCUGUUUCACCAUCCGCUGAGACGGCGACUAGUAAGCAAGCAUUGAAGCAGUGGGUUGUCGAUAAUACCAUCACAGACUGGCAUCCUAUCGGCACGUGCGGUAUGGGUGGGAGCGAGGGCAUCAAGGGAGGUGUUGUUGACGAACGAUUGAGGGUGUACGGUGUCAAGGGACUUCGUGUCGUGGAUGCUAGUAUCAUGCCUCUACAAAUCAGCGCUCAUUUACAAGCGACAGUAUAUGCGAUUGCAGAGAAAGCGAGCGACUUGAUUUUGGAGGAUCUGGAUCGGCGUACUUGA